AUGUUUGCACCUGUUGGGGAGUGCUGGACAUUGGCUAGGGUAAGGUGGUGGGGAUCAUGGGCUGAAAAUGAGAAUUGUGAUACACUCAUUUGGUACCUCCUUGAUGAACUCUUGACUUAUGAAAAUGACCACAGUGAUGCCCUGUGUCCCACACAGAACGAGGCUGAUGGCUCCCUGCUUGGUGAGCACUGGUUUGUCAAGCCUGUGUGCUCAUAG